CUGACGAAAAAGUUCACCAACGUAAUAAACUCAUCCGAAUUGCAGACACGAGUGAGGGUGGCUGGGAAACGGUGCGCCAAUACGAGGCUAAUCCAGUUGCCAGCGAUAGCGAGGACGAAAACAAAAUAUCUAAGGCAGAAAACAGGGCUUUACGUAAACGUAAACGAAGUCAGCAGAAAAAGUCGUCUACAUCGCAAUCUAAGAAUGCAUUACUUCCAGGGCCUCCUUCUUAUGGUAGGAAUCCUCCACUUCAGUCAUGGGGUAUGCAGAAUUCCGCUUCGGCUACUUUCCAGGCAGGGGCAAGUACUUCUAAUGUUCGUCCCUACUCGGAAAAGGUUUAUGGCAGUUGCUUCGCAUGCGGGGAUUUCUCCCACUACAGAAAAGACUGUCCAUACGUGUCAGGCACCUACACCAAGCAGAGGUAUCCAACCGACAACGCCCAGAAUAGAAAAUGAAACCGCCGAUUUGACAGAUGAGUUUUCUAUUUAUAGAUGUAACUGUAUUGAUUUUCACGGUGAAAGUUUCACACAUGAUUAUUUCGAGUACGAACAGGGUCAGAAAUCUAUUAUUGUAAAAGAUAGGCUAAAACAAAAUGUGAAAUUUUGGCAAGCAAUUGGAACUAAUGAAUUUAUUUUGGAUGUUAUCACAAAUGAUGUCAUUCUGACGAUAUAGAUGAUUUACCGGAAGUGUUAGUCGACAAGGUGCCUUGGAUCCCGGAACUACUGAAGGACGCUCGCGCAGAAAGCACCACCAAAACUUAUUACAGAACUUUCAUUCGGUGGAAAAAGUGGGCCUUGAGUAAUUCCUUGGGUGAAAAGGACAUCUUCCCGGCUAAAGCAAUUCAUUUUGGUAUUUAUUUGUGCUCUAUUGUACAAUCUACGAAUUCGUUUAGUUCAGUAUCAAAGUCAUUUUAUAGUAUUAAAUGGAUGCAUGACUUGUUAGGUAUGGAAUCACCCACUGAUUCUAUGCUCGUGAAAAAUAUACUAGAAGGUGCUAAGAGAAGACUGUCUAAGAGUGUUGUUAAGAAAGAACCUGUGACACCUGAAUUGUUACUUAAAAUGUUUAAUAGUCUAUAUCGCGAGAAUAACGUGAAAAACCAAAGGAUUAUUUGUGCGUGCUUGUUAGCAUAUGCAGGAUUUUUAAGAAGUGAAGAAUUAUUGAAGAUAAAACGAUCAGAUAUCGUUUUUCAUUCAACAUAUAUAAAUAUUUUCAUUGAAUCAAGCAAGACUGAUGUAUAUAGAGAUGGAGCGUGGGUAACUGUUUCACGUACUGGUACCACAUUAUGUCCAGUGGUUAAUUUAGAACGUUAUCUGACAUGGGCGCAAAUUGAUUCUGAAUCUGAGGGCUACAUAUUUUGUGGUAUUUCCAAAUGCAAAAACGGUUAUAAACUGAGAGACAUGAAUAAAUCAAUAUCAUAUACAACCCUGAGAGAACUUUUUAUCGAAGCAUUCAAAGAUCAUGUUUCAGACAUUUCUAAAUAUGGUUUGCAUUCUUUGAGAUCAGGUGGUGCUACUGCAGCUGCCAAUAACGGUAUAAAAGAUAGACUUUUUAAGAGACACGG